ACGAACAGCUGUCUGGGAAGAAGAUAUUUGAAGAGAUUUGAAGGCCACAAAUCGUCUAGAAAGCCCUAUAUUUGUUACUACUACCAUGUUGCCAUGCCACGGGCGAAAAUUUAAACGAUCCUAAUACGGAUUCGCGUCUGCUGCUGCUGCUGCUGUGUCUAUUGUGAUGUAACGCGACUGCUGGCCCACCGUCGCAUGGGAGGCAAAGAGAGACGGUAGCUGGGCGCUCAAAAAGAAAAAUAGCCCACGAAGUAGGCGCCACCAGGCGGUCACGAAUCUACAACAACCGAGUCGGUGUGCCACGAGGUCCUCGCGGGCAGCCCAGCAGUCAGUUACCGAGAUUGGUCAGGUGCGGAUGUAUAUGUAGCACUCGCUUGAGCUGGACUGGAUCGCAGUCCUCCCCUUAUUUGGACACGUAUUUCCCGCUCUUUUCGUCGCCCCCCGUGUCAAGUCCAUUGACAGGAUUUCCGUCCGACUACCCGACAAGCUCCGUCACGAUGCCGCCGCACUCGGAAGUGGAGAACGAUCCGUUGGUGGAUGUCCGGCUCCGCAGGCGGAAGCGCAGCCGAUCCAUUUCUCCGCGUCAUUUUCGCAAGACGUCGGAACGGCACGAAUUCAACAACAAUCACGAGAAAUAUUGCCUCAACAGGAAUGUGUCUGGGUCGGCCAGCACCAGCAGUAGCCGCAGCAGCAGCGUGUCGAGCGAGGUCCGCCUGCUCCGGGCGGGAUCCAGCUCUACUUUGAUGGUCUCAAUGCGAACUUCAACGACCCCGUCUGCUAUUACCCGGCAACCGGUUGUGGUGAAUUUUCACGAGGCCCCAUCAUUUCUACAAUUCAACCCGUUCAUCUACAGAGGCUACCGCACCAAUCUUGGAACCGUGGCCUGCAUACGAAGUUUGUUUUGGUGGACAAAUGAGACGCUCAAUGCUUGGACCCACUUGCUCGGAUGGAUUUAUUUUGCUUACUUUACUGUGGACGAAGUCCUCCAGCUAGUCAACAGCGGUGGGACUUCAUGGCAAGACAGCGCCAUCAGUCUCUUGAUAGUUUUCUGCUUCCAGAUUUGCAUGGCCAUGUCGACCGGCUAUCACACUUUCUGUUGUCAUUCGAAAGAUUUUUACCAUUGCUGGCUCUCUUACGACUUGUGCGGCAUUUCCUUCAGCCUUUUGGCCAUCUACACUACAGGGAUUUACUACGCAUUUUGGUGUCAGAACGAAAUCAGAACAAUCUACAUCACCAUAAGCGGAACUCUGUUCGUAGUGGCCUUGAUCCUCCAGACAACGCCUAAAUUUCUUACGGAUGACUACAGCCGCACACGCCUCAUUUUCUUCGUUUCAUGGAGUUGUUUCGGAUUCCUUCCCUGCAUUCACUGGAUUUUGCAGAAUGGCGGAUUCAGCACGCCCAAUGUCUUUGAUUUGGUGAGCCAGAUAGGUAUCAUGUACCUGAUAUGUGGCGCAGCUUUGUUCUUUUAUGUUAGUAAAGUACCCGAGAUAUGGUUCCCAGGCUCCGUUGACUUUAUUGGUAGUUCUCACCAGUGGUGGCACGUUAUUAUUUUCUUGGCUUUCUGCCACUGGCAGAUGGUAGGUAAGUAUUUUGCCGACAUGCGGUCCCAUCAUGGCUGCUUUGAGUUUGAUAAAACGGGAAUUUCCUCUUCGUCGGUCUUCAAUGUCACCAACGACAACUUUCACCCUCACGGCACCGUCUUUUAGUAGUCGAAACGACAUUUGACAAAAUAGUUAUUUUGCGCAAGACUGAUCAGUUUGGAGAAACGUACGUGUUGGAUGCAUGGCUCAAUCAUCGAUUCAACGAUUCGAUUUGUACAUUUUUGCAUAGCUCAUAUUAUUAUUGAUAGUCCCUAUAUCUUUACUAUUUUUAUUCUACACGUCAUUAAUCAUCAUCGCUGACAUUUUUGCUUUUGUUUUAUUUUCGUACGUUUUUCUUUCAGGUAUUUUCAAACCAUAUUUAAGUAGAAUUCUUAACCGAUAUUAUCCGUGCAUAUUUUUGUGUAAAAAUGGUUGAAAUAUGGCUGCACCAAGGAGAAUUAUUACAUAGGACAAAAUUAUA